GUCGGGUUGGCGUUCAUCGUGGAUCACAGCGGCCGAGUUUUUACCAAACAAACACCCACCCUUCGCGACGUUGCGUGCAACUCCGAGGAGCCCCAGGAUGGUUCGGGUGACAUCGACACUCUUUCCGAGCUUUCGACGGCAACACCUUCGAACUUGUCGCGAGCUGAUGCUAAGCUCGAGAAGACAAAACCCUCGGCCACUUCCGGGGUGCUCAAUUCGCUGGCUGCAGAGGAAGCCCCAGCGCCGUUUGCGACCUCCAGGCAGUAUGUGACGAAGAGAAAGGCUGCUAUCCAAGAGGGUCACCGAGAAAAUGGGGAAGAUAAUGAAGAUGAAGAUGGCAUGUCCGAUGAAACGCUAGAGCUUCCGGGUGCGAAGCGAAACACGAGCAACAACAGCAAGAAGCGCAACAAGAAGAAGGACAGCAGCAAGAAGAAGAAGAAGAACAACAAGAAGAAGAAGAAGUCCAAGAACAGCAUGUCCGAUGAUUCCGAGAUGAAGAAUUCCAGAUCCGAUGAGGCCCUGGUUCCCAGAUCCGAUGAGGCCCUGCUUCAGCGCAAGCCCGAGGUGAAGAAUGCCAGACCCGAUGAAGCCCUGGUUCAGAGCAAACCCGAGGUGAAGACUGCCCGAUCCCUUAAGAAAGCCAGAUCCGAUGAGGCCCCGGUUCAGAGCAAGCCGAAGGUAAAGCGAAGCAGAUCCAAGGCCCUGGUGCAGACAGACCCAGAUGAAGAGCCGCAGACCUCCGACGAAACCGAAGCCCCGAAGAAGAAGAAGAAGCCCAACGUCUUUGGCAAGUACAAAGCGGCCAAUCGUUACUGGCUUAAGUGCCCAGAACGCAUCGAACUCCUAGCAGACAUGCCACUUCCGGAGUUGAAGAG